GUCAUCACUUUUGUUCACACGGAAGGUCACGCGGAAGGAAUAGCUUGUGUCUGGCGUCUCAUUGUAGGACUAGGGACUGCGAAGGUCAACAGACAGACAGACAGACAGAUCUCUAUCAGAGAGACACACCAGAACACGAGCUAUUGAAGAGAAUUCGAGGGCGGAAAGAAACACGACCCACCCGCGCAUCAUGUCUACAUGGACACUCGUUUAUAUCUUUUGUCGUCUGGUGUACGGCACAUCGUGUGAAGAAAUCCCUCACGACACACAACCGGGUCCAUCUCCAACGGCUCGCUAUCUGAAAGCUCUCAAGGAGAUCGACAUGCACCUGACAGUCGACGAACAACAAUCACUCGAACAGAUGCUCAUGACCGAACAUACUGAAGGCAGAACGAAAGGCUUCAGACCGAUGAUCAUCAUCCCAGCGUUCGCGUCCAGUCGCUUACGCGUCUGGCAGUCAAUCGGUUGUACUCAAGGACUGGCAAACUUCAAACCAGGCGGCGAUGUGUGGAUGGACUCAAGCAUGUAUUUUUCAGCACGAACUUGCUGGUUGGAAUGCAUCCUCAUUAACUCGCUCACACAGCAGGACACGUCUGCAUGUAAGAGUCGACCGGAUGAAGGUCUCGAUGCGAUAACCGAACUCGAUCCUGGAUUGUUGACGGGCGCGUUGACGACGAUUUGGAAGAAGUUUAUCCUCCUUGCUGCUUCUAUUGGUCUCGAGCCUCAUAGCAGUCUGUUUGCUGCUCCGUAUGAUUUCCGUCUUGCAUUACCGAUGUUAGAGACGAGAGACGGGUAUUUCUCGAAUUUGAAGUUGAUCAUUCAACAGGCUGUGAAGCUGGCAGAGAAGAAGGGCAGUAGUGAGGUCGGUGCGGUGGUCAUCGCUCAUUCAAUGGGCAACGUCGUCUUUCGUUAUUUCAUCGAGUGGCUGAAAGCAGAUCUCGGUCUAUUUCACUACCAGGAAUGGCUCAAUAAACAUAUCCACACGUUUAUCGCCGGCGGGCCUCCAACGUUGGGAGCAGCCGAGGCCCUCGAAGGUCACUUGUCCGGGAAUAAUCUCGGAUUAAUCGGUUUGUCGAAUCACGACGCUCGAAGGAUGGGAGUCUCAUUCGGUUCGAGUCAGUGUAUCACUCCACGGCCAGCGAAUCGUAACACGACGAACUACGCUCGAGUCAACUCCGUCCCAUACGACCGUCCUGUCGCUGAAGUCGAGUUGCUAUCCGGUCAGACACUCAAAUACGAUGCAAACGACGUGGUAAACGGUAAACUCUAUCGAGAACUAGCCACAACAGCGAACGACGAAUUAGCUGGGUUGACUGCUAAACAACAAGAGAAAUUCUACAUCGACGAUCCGAUCGCUUCCGUGUUGUCAACACCGUGGGAGAGACCUCCGAUACGGAGAGUGAUAUGUGCGUAUGGUAUAGGGAGGAAGACACCGAUAGCAUACAAAUUUCGUGAACGUUCCAAGCAAGUGUUACUCGAAGAACACGAAGAUAACGAAGAUCCUUCCAUGUGGGAGGCGGCUGAUGUUUUGUACGAGGAGGGCAACAAGAUCUAUUGGAGCUCGGGAAAUCCGGUCGAUGGAUUUCCUGACGGUAAGCACACGAAGCGAAAAUCAGGCGACGGGACUGUUCCUUAUUCGUCUCUCUCGUGGUGUCACACGUGGCUCGGAGAGCGUGUAAACAUCACUCGAAUACCACAAGAUACUUUCUAUAGCGAAGAUGACUUGGAGCUGUACCAGAACGUUACGGUCGACUCGUUGCCUCCUUCAACCGUUUCCGGCCCUCACAAUGUGCUAUAUGAACACGCGUAUUGGGAUGAGAGACGACGAAUACGAGAGACGGCUGUGUGGGAGUUCGACGACAUCAAACAUCGCGCCAUGAUGGAGGCCGCCCCUGUGCUCAGUCAAGUAAAAGUCGAGCUGCUCAGCACGCUCCUCAACAGUCUCAAGUUUCACAAACAGAAGCAAGAGCUGAUGGAUCGUGAACAAGAGGCCGAACAACACGCACGCAUAAUGGGCCACUCGUCGGCCAAACCACCUACAACAGACGCCGAGUGUCUAUGGGAUUACGGGAAGGCAAGAUGCAAGUGGAGCAAGUACUGUGUCUAUGACUACAAGUUUGGUGAUUACCAUCUCUCUCAGUCGUGCCGUUUGAGAAAGAGCAUGUCAUCACAGCAACUCGAAAAACACGAUGUCAUCAGCACAUGUGAGUGUAUUGACCAUCAAUGCAUCAGCGGAUUCUGCAAAUACAAAGAGAAAUGUGCGAACAGUGUGCAAGCGUUCGGGCCGAGCAACGGCUAUUGGGGAGCGUGUGAGACAUCCGCCAGCACGCCCACGGAUGGCAAACCUGCUCACACACACGAACAUCAGCACAAUGAUUUAUAGAUCCGUUUAUAUCAAUUUCUCACACUUCGAGAGUCACAAAUAGGAGAGAAACGUUGCAACCAUGUUAGUCACGUUAGUCACGUGACUUGGACACCGAUUUACAAAUCUUCAUAAUUUUGACUUUAAUAAUCAAUUUAUUAUCACAAAUAUAUUACACAA